AUGGUCAAGUUGCACCUGCGGGUGCCGCGUCUGGCAUCGUUGAAAUGUGAAACAAAUGAGCGGUUAUUCAAGGAUCAAAAGGUCUUGGUCUUAGAUGGUGAUACUGAACCAGUGAACCUCGGCCAUUGCAGAGUUACCUCGACUAUCCCCAAACCCGUAUAUAUGUGCGGGAAUACCGUCGUAGUGCGCCCCACUACCCCGCGUGACACGAUUAUAUCUGCACACUACAUCAGUAUCAACAAAGUGUUGAAAACUACGGCUAGCCAACCGAGCACUGGAGGCCCAGUCGAGCAACUGCCGGACCAAGAGAUAACUUCAGAUGAGACCGCCUCAAAUUAUUCUACAUUUGGGCCUGAGCAGGUUGUGUCCUAUGUGGCUCAUGACACCUGCAGACUCAUUCUGCCAGAGGACGGGGCGGGGUCUUUGCGCUGUGAUCACACGUCCAUCCUAGAGCAGAGAGUGGCUUUCAAAGACGAGACGGGCAACACCACAAAGUACGUUAUCCGAGACAUUUUUAAAUCCGACUCCCUGGUAGGAGACGCAUAUAUACGUCCUGGCCCACCACCACCCGAGAAUAAAGCACUUCCACUUGCAUAA